AUGACCAGGGGAAGACACAAGAAGAUGUUAAUGUUAAUUGCAAUCUGCUUGGUGGCAGUAUUUGCAGAACCUGAACCUUCACCCGACGAACUGUACAGCCGAUUUCCGAAAAAUCGGGAUGAAGACAAAUGUUACGAUGACAAUGGAAGGCCACAGAGGUGUAUACCACCUUUUGAGAAUGCAGCAUUUAAUGUCCUUAUGGAAGCAACGAACACCUGUGGUCAAGAUCGGCCAACAGAAUUUUGCAAACAGACUGGUGUCCAAAAGAAAUCUUGCGAGAUAUGUCGAUACGGUGAUCACGAGGCUUUGUUUCUUACUGAUCAUGACAAUAACGACAAUGCAACUUGGUGGCAGUCGGAAACAAUGUACGAGGGUAUCGAAUAUCCGAACCAAGUUAACCUCACACUACAUUUAGGCAAAACGUUCGAUAUAACUUACGUUAGAGUGCUUUUCGAGUCGCCCCGUCCAGAGAGCUGGGGUAUUUACAAGAGGAAAAACGAGAAAUCGUCGUGGGAGCCUUAUCAAUUCUAUUCUGCGACUUGUAGAGAUACCUACGACUUGCCCGAUUUAAAGGAAACGGUAGGAGGCGAUGAUACCAGAGUAUUGUGUACUUCCGACUACUCAGAUAUAUCGCCUUUGACAAAGGGCACUGUUGCGUUCUCCACUUUAGAAGGUCGACCUUCGGCGUACAAUUUUGAAGCUAAUCCAGCAUUGCAGGUAGGCAAGGAAUGGGUACAAGCAACAGAUUUGAGGAUCACUCUAGAUAGAUUAAAUACCUUCGGUGACGAAGUUUUUGGCGAUGAUCAUGUAUUAAAGUCCUACUACUAUGCAAUCGCUGACGUCGCCGUUGGAGCACGUUGUGCUUGCAAUGGCCACGCUGGAGAAUGUGUAAACAGUACCAGCGUGGAUGGAAAAACUCGCAGAGUAUGCAGAUGCGAGCACAAUACCGCAGGUCCAGAUUGCAACGAGUGUUUGCCUUUUUAUAAUGAUGCACCUUGGGGACGUGCCACUACUAAAGAUGCACACGAAUGUAAACCUUGUAAUUGCAACGGUUAUUCGGAGAGAUGUUUCUUCGAUAAGGAACUAUACAAGAUUACUGGUCAUGGUGGCCACUGUUUGGAUUGUCGAGCCAAUCGUGAUGGCCCAAAUUGCGAACGUUGCAGAGAAAACUACUAUCAACACCCGGAAGACAAUUAUUGUGUCGCUUGCAAUUGCAACGAAAUC